UGAAGGCAGUGACUUAUUACCAUUGUUGGUUGUUAUGGGCAGCAAUUACUCUCUACAUGGCUAACAACUGUUGCUCCAUUGAAACAGAGCCCAAGACCCUGAAUGAAGGACAACUUAACCGUGCCAGGGAAGUGGCUGCAGAUGUUGUUCAAAAUAUGGAACCAAAUGAAGCGUCAACUAUAUUCAAUGAGAAAUUAAUACUAAGCCCUCAAAUAAAGGAUCAAGAGCGAGAAAAGGAGGAAAAAGAACUUCACGAGCCUGUUGAGAAGGGUGACAUUAUUGAAAGACCUUGCCAAUGCUUGUGCCCUACUGCCAUUUUAGAAUCCCCAGAUCAAAUGAGUCUUAAGGAGCCCCUCUCAGCUCCAUUUUGAAACCAUCUUAUUGAUGAGAUGGUCUUGUAGAUAUGUGGUCUCUAGUUGUCAUAAUUCUUAUGUAUAAAUUAUAAUCAUAUUAUUGUGAGAUAAAGUGGUUAUAAUUUGCAAUAAAACUGUAUCUUUAUGGGGUGUGAGAAUUUUUCUAGGAGAUCUACAUUGGGCACCUUAAAAGGCAAUUAAUACUGAUAUAAAGGUGCUGCAACCAAAUCCUCUCUUUUUAUUUUUUUAUUUUAAGGUUGCUUUUGGCCUUCUAUGAAAAAGGCCGUAUUUUUUUUUA